GAACCGAACUAAAAGCAUCCAUCCGAUCCGGAUCCAAACGUAGUACGCGACUCCGACCUCUGCUCUCUUCCUUUUACACCCCAUAUCCAUCGUCCCGCCUUUCUUUCCCUUCUUUCUUUCUAUCUUUUCCACGACCGUGCCACGGCGUCAGCCAGCAAACUAAUACUAACUACACAAGCCUCCUCCGUUCCUCCUCUUCUUCUUCCUCAUUCUCCUCCUCCUCUCGAGGCCGGCCGAGAUAUCAAUGGAAGUCGAAUACCACGAGGAGUACGUGCGGAACUCGAGAGGGGUGCAGCUCUUCACCUGCGGCUGGCUGCCCGCCAAAACGUCGCCCAAGGCCCUCGUCUUCCUCUGCCACGGCUAUGCCAUGGAGUGCAGCGGCUACAUGAGAGAGUGUGGGAUGCGGCUGGCGGCGGCGGGGUACGGGGUGUUCGGCAUGGACUACGAGGGGCACGGCAAGUCGAUGGGCGCCCGCUGCUACAUCCGCAGCUUCCGCCGUCUCGUCGACGACUGCCACCGCUUCUUCAAGUCCAUCUGCGACAUGGAGGAGUACAGGAGCAAGAGCCGGUUCCUGUACGGCGAGUCCAUGGGCGGCGCGGUGGCGCUGCUGCUGCACAUGAAGGACCCAACGUUCUGGGACGGCGCCAUCCUCGUCGCGCCAAUGUGCAAGAUAUCGGAGAAGGUGAAGCCGCACCCGGUGGUGAUCUCUCUCCUGACGCAGGUAGAGGACGUCAUCCCCAGGUGGAAGAUUGUUCCCACCAAGGACGUCAUCGACGCCGCCUUCAAGGACCCUGCCAAGCGCGAAAAGAUCAGGAAGAACAAGCUGAUAUACCAGGACAAGCCGAGGCUCAAGACCGCACUUGAGAUGCUCAGGACCAGCAUGUACGUAGAGGACAGCUUGUCCAAGGUGAAGCUGCCGUUCUUCGUGCUGCACGGCGACGCCGACACGGUGACGGACCCGGAGGUGAGCCGGGCGCUGUACGAGCGCGCCGCCAGCGCCGACAAGGCCAUCAAGCUCUACGCCGGGAUGUGGCACGGCCUCACCGCCGGCGAGCCCGACCACAACGUCGACGCCAUCUUCUCCGACAUCGUCGCCUGGCUCAACGGGCGCAGCCGCACCUGGACGGUGGAGGACCGCCUGAUGAAGAUGAUGGCGUCGCCGGACAGGUUCAUCCGCGGCGAGAGGGGCGGCGCCGCUGACGUCGACGGUGACGCCAAGCGCGGCCCUCCACGGCGGCGCGGCGGCUGCUUCUCCGGGCUCGCCGGCCGAACGCAUCACCACUCGGAAAUGUAGCUUUGUAACAAUGUAAAGAUUAGAGGCUCCAGCCUGCCUAGAAUGGUCAAUAAGUGGCACAGUGUGCAUGACUUCGUGUAUUAUAGAGGUGUUAAGAGUCAAGACAUAUGCCAACUUGCCAAGUAAUGUAAUGUAUCACAAACCAUUCCUUUUCCUCCAAUCCAGUGCAAAUUUGGUCAAAAAAAAGUUUAAAAAGAUGCUUCAUGUAAGCAAGUGGAAUGUUCUGUUCAUACUGAAACAUAUAUCGAGUUUCCAAUAAAGAUUACAUGUAUAACACCAUAUGGCUUCUAUGAGCAAGACCAAAAAAGACAGUAGCUUACAGUAGUGCCUAUGAUAGAUUGAUAGUAUUAGUAGCAUCCCCAUGUGUCCAAAGAACUAGCUAUGUAUUCAGCCAUGGCCAUUUUGUCCGUGAGGUAUGAAGCAACCAAAGAACCAAGGCACCAAUUUCCUUUCCAAGUAUUUCUACCCGAUUUAACUUCUCCACAUGUAGUUACUAUAAAGUACAAGUUAUAGGAUUUUAAUGAGUUGUGUGCCGUUGUCAUGUUGAAAUUUAAUACAUGCCACCAGCUGCUGCAGAUUAGGCUUCCUGGUCGCCAAAGAUGCGUUUGCGGAAGUCGGUAACCAUGAGGGGAAGGCCCUCACGCAGGGGAACCUUGGGCUCCCAGCCCAGGAGCUCUUUCGCACGGGUGAUGUCAGGCUUGCGCUUGUGUGGAUCAUCCGCAGUGUUCGGACGGAACUCAAUGCGAGCAUU